GCACCCUCUGUCACCACGACAAAGACCACUGCGGACGCCGGUCAACCUGCCACCUCCACAGGUACUGCGGUUGAGCCAACCGGUACAACAUUAGAUCCCAGACUGCCCAAGGUCAUCACUCCCUACGGAGGAAUGCCGGAUGCUCCCCAGGACAUGAUAUUGGUUCGCCUUGGCUUCAAGCACGAGUUGAACUACGUAUUCGUGGUUGAGAACCCGGUAUCCGUCGCACAAAUCUUCGAAUACGUGCCAAAGGGAUUGAACUUCGGACUCAACACUGCGAGCGUCACGAUGCAUUCCCUCCAGCCGUAUGACACAAGGAAGAGCAAGGGUUACGUCACCACACUGGUUCUUGCCUACAUCCCUAAGGAUCUGUUCGACGAGCUGGAUCUUCAGCGUCGCACUCCAGGUUCAAGGAUGAUGAACAACCCGACCACACCAAUCGAGCAGAUCAUGGCUCUUCUCGACUCCACCAUCCCCCUUCGUGCAAGCGCUAGCGAACAAGACGGAAACGGAAACGGCCAACUCACCGACGACAAGUCAUGGACCGAUGAUGACAGCACCACAACCACCACCGGUGGCGGUGGCUCUCCCAUCGAGAACAAGACUGGUCCUAUCUCGACGAAGACUGUUGGUAUCGGCGCAGGUGUUUGUUUCGGUGCCCUGGCGUACGGUGGUGCGAUGUUCUUCGUCGCCCGUCGGUACAGGCAGAAGAGGAAGGGACACAGUCGUUCAUCGUCCGUUCAAGGGGCCAUGGUCAUCGGUGGGCCAACGGGGGUUGUACACUCGAGCGGUAUCGGAGCGAUGAUGCACGGCGCCAGAGACACGUACGGCACCCAGGGUUCCACUCCUGGCGGUCUUGGUGCCGCAGGUGCCGCUGGUGCUCCUGAAAGGAACAGCCACGGCAGCGGUCCCGGCGGAAGAGGCCCGCAGAUCUCGGCCCCUCUGAUGGCCGCGAACUCGCUCGGUUGGAACUAG